AUGAACGAAUAAACAUUCUUUUUCGCUUGUUGUUGUCUUGUCUGUGGAUUGUUGUGUUGACAAAAUUAUUAAAUUGGGGUUAUAUUUUGUUGUAAGAUUUUGAUUUGAAGUUUAUUUUUAUUCAAACAUGCCCGAAUUGGAAAUAAAAAGAAAAGCGGAAGAAUAUUCCGUAGUACCAUCUAAAAGGGUCCGCCAUGAAAUAUCUGUUGCUGGCACAAGAGAAAAGGCUGUGGUUACUUCAGCGGUACCACGCACAUCUAAUCUAUAUGCCCCGAUAAUGCUCUUAGAAGGGCAUCAAGGAGAGAUUUUUACUGCAAAAUUUCAUCCUGAAGGAAAACAUUUAGCAUCCGCAGGAUUCGAUCGGCAGAUAUUGUUAUGGAACGUAUACGGGCAGUGCGAGAACGUGAUGGUGAUGACCGGCCACACGGGGGCCAUCAUGGAGCUCUGCUUCUCACCAGACGGCGCCCACCUGUACACGUGCGCCACUGACAACACCGUAGCCGUGUGGGACGUGCCGACAGGACAGCGCGUCAAGAAGCUGAGGGGGCACGCUAGCUUUGUUAAUUCUGUCUCAGGUGCACGAAGAGGGCCAGAACUCCUAGUUUCCGCAUCAGACGACAACACCAUAAAACUCUGGGACGCCAGGAAACGCAACCCAAUAGCUUCAUUCGACAGCACAUUCCCGGUCACAUCGGUGCUGUUCAACGACACAGCGGAGAAGAUCAUAUCCGCUGGAGUGGACAACGUUAUCAAGGUGUGGGACAUCAGGAACAAUCAGAUCUCGUAUAAGAUUAAGGGGCAUACGGAUACUGUUACGGGCAUGUCACUGUCAUAUGACGGCUCCUACCUCCUGUCGAACUCUAUGGACAAUACGCUUCGCAUUUGGGACGUCCGCCCGUUCGCGCCAUCGGAACGCUGCGUCAAGCUAAUGUCAGGACAUCAACAUAACUUCGAAAAGAACUUGCUCAGAUGCGCGUGGUCACCUGAUGGAUCUAAGGUGGCGGCUGGGUCUUCUGACCGUUUCCUGUACGUUUGGGACACCACAUCCCGAAGAGUCCUGUACAAGUUGCCCGGACACAACGGAUCAGUGAACGACGUAGACUUCCACCGGACUGAACCUAUUGUACUCUCCGCUUCUAGUGACAAACAAAUAUAUCUUGGAGAAAUUGACCAUUAGUGUUGAAACUUGUGAUAAAUGUGAAUUGAAAUCUUAAAAAACUCUUUGUGUUACAAUUUUUGGUACAUCACGCCUGUCUCCCAGUGGGGUAGGAAUGUACUAUGACUGGCUACGAUCCUUACAGACCUCUCCCACUACAUAAAGUGAAAAAUCCCAUAAUGACUUAUAUGGCGAAUUUCAAAUUGUGCCGCGAUAAGUCAGUCAGUCUGUCUUCUCAUUUAUACAUUAAUACUGUUGUUGCUGGUCAAACUGAUGACUUGAAUUGUAAUUCCACAUAAUAAAAUACAUGUAAAUAAGGAA